GAGAAACAGGAAAGGGAGGGGGGGUAGAGACUCUGGGCUGCUGCCGCUGCUGUGUGGGUUUCUUUACACUCCCUGGCAGGCUGGGUGCCGGCUCCCUCGCCCGCCUGCCCGCCCGCCUGGGAAAGUGGGUUAGGGAGGGAAGGAGCUCAGCUCAGACACUGGCAAAGGAGCAUCCAGCCACAGACCGGAGAAGAACACCUUCCUCUUGCAGCUUUCUCUUCAUCUUUUCUAGAGGGUUUUCUAUGUGUCCUCUCGCCUUUCAAAUUGUGUUCCUUUGACUUUCCCCCCACCUCUGCUUGGGGUUUUAUGCGGGCUUUGUUAAGUCUUAGAGGGAAGAGAGCCUGAGCCAGGGAAAGAGAGGCAAAGUGGAAGGGAGCACAAACUGGCCAAGCCCGUUCCGCCUUGGCUGUUGAUGAAAGCCCUGGGUUUGUAAAGCCCUCUCGGCGUGAGCGGCACGCACACACCCUCCAGAGUGCACCGCGGACCCGCACCUCGGCGUGGCCACCAUGGUCGGCAGAGUUCAGCCGGAUCGGAAACAGUUGCCGCUAGUCCUACUGAGAUUGCUCUGCCUUCUUCCCACAGGACUGCCUGUUCGCAGCGUGGAUUUUAACCGAGGCACGGACAACAUCACCGUGAGGCAGGGGGACACAGCCAUCCUCAGGUGCGUUGUAGAAGACAAGAACUCGAAGGUGGCCUGGUUGAACCGUUCUGGCAUCAUUUUUGCUGGGCAUGACAAGUGGUCUCUGGACCCUCGGGUUGAGCUGGAGAAACGCCAUUCUCUGGAAUACAGCCUCCGAAUCCAGAAGGUGGAUGUCUAUGAUGAGGGUUCCUAUACUUGCUCGGUUCAGACACAGCAUGAGCCCAAGACCUCCCAAGUUUACUUGAUCGUGCAAGUUCCACCAAAGAUCUCCAACAUCUCUUCGGAUGUCACUGUGAAUGAGGGCAGCAAUGUAACCCUGGUCUGCAUGGCCAAUGGCCGUCCUGAACCUGUGAUCACCUGGAGACACCUUACGCCAACUGGGAGAGAGUUUGAAGGAGAAGAAGAAUAUCUGGAAAUUCUUGGCAUCACCAGGGAGCAGUCGGGCAAAUAUGAGUGCAAAGCUGCCAAUGAAGUCUCCUCGGCGGAUGUCAGACAAGUGAAGGUCACCGUGAACUAUCCUCCCACUAUCACAGAAUCCAAGAGCAACGAAGCCACUACAGGGAGGAAAGCUUCACUCAAAUGUGAGGCCUCGGCAGUGCCUGCUCCUGACUUUGAGUGGUACCGGGAUGACACCAGGAUAAACAGCGCUAAUGGCCUUGAGAUUAAGAGCACGGAGGGCCAGUCCUCCCUGACGGUGACCAACGUCACUGAGGAGCACUAUGGCAACUAUACCUGCGUGGCUGCCAACAAUCUGGGGGUCACCAAUGCCAGCCUAGUCCUUUUCAAGCGUGUUUCACCCACAAUCCCCCAUCCCAUUCAAGAAAUUGGCACCACCGUGCACUUCAAGCAAAAAGGGCCUGGGUCGGUGAGAGGAAUAAACGGAUCCAUCAGUCUGGCCGUACCACUGUGGCUGCUGGCAGCGUCUCUGCUCUGCCUUCUCAGCAAAUGUUAAUAGAAUAAAAAUUUAAAAAUAAUUUAAAAAAACACACAAAAAUGCGUCACACAGGAUACAGAGAGAGAGAGAGAGAGAGAGCAAGAUGGGGGGAGACUGUUUAUUUUACAACUUUGUGUGUUUUUAAAUGAAGGGGGAAAUAAGAAAACAAAGAAGAAAAUACACUUAAAACCAUUUUAAAGUCCAUCAAUAAAAACUAAACUAUAUAAGUCAGGGUGGGAAAAGUUCUACAAGGAUACGUGUAUAGCGAAGCAAAUGUAUACUAUAUAAAGACUACAUCAUGCUAAGAACACCCGGAUGUUGUAAAAAUAAGACCAGUGAAGAAGUAUCAGAUGGAUAUUAACCCCCCACACACACUUUAUCCUUCCUUCAUUCUUUUUCAUCUGUGGGGAAAGAAAAAAAUAAGGUCUUGCCUUUGGUGUUUAUAUUUCCAUCAUCUUUUUAUUUUGUUCAUUUCAUUUGAGCUGACUCAUAGCCAUGUCAGACUAUCAGUGGAAUUCACGCUGGAAUCCCGUGUUGAGCCUUUUACCUGGCUUUCCUGCCUCCACUAUCUUUCCAACUUUUAAGACCAUCUCUUGCCCCUCCAGUGUGUUCUGUCUCCCCCACAUCCAACCCAGAGACUCCCUUUCACCCCUCUUCCCCCCUGGCUGCUGCUUCUCUUCACCCCCUACUACACCCUCCAGCACUAGUCAUGCCGCAAAUGCUAGGAAGUGCCAUUUUAAUUUUCUCCACUGUGCGCGCGUGCUCAAGUCUCUCGCUCUCACGUGGGUGUACAUGUGUGUGAGCGUGUGUGUGUCUCUCUCUAAAGCAUGCCAAGGGAAUGGUCCAUGUGUACAUAGACUCAUUGUGCUGUAGAUACUGUCCCGCAUUGUAACCGUGAGAUGCGGCUGUGACAAGUUGCUGGGGGACAUGGUGGGGAAGGAGGCAUGGAGCAGGGCUCCUCACCCUCCCCCAUGGCUGUCACAUGACAUUAGUGUGUAUCAACACCAAGCUGUGCCCCUUCUAAGGGCAGAACCUCAUAUUCCUCCUAGUCCAAUCAUCAGAACCCAGUCAAGAGUCACUCAGAAUAUCACUGUAAAUGAAAGUGCCUACUAUUGAUGGGGUGAGCAAACAGUAGAAAGAAUCAGUGACGUCAACGAGGUGACCUAGGAGAGAUUUCUGAUUUCACUCUUGUUUCCUGAGUCUGAGGAAUUCAUGUAUUUCCUGGCUUUUUGCAGGCUCGCUGCAGGAGUGAGUAGCAUGUGUUGAGUAAAUCCCAAGAACCAGGAAGGUCUCCAAGUGUUAACUCCUCAUGAAAGGAUGAUGAGCCACAUGGAGAUCCAAAGCAGCCCUGUAAUGCCCCUUCCCUGAUCUUCAAAUAACACUGCAUUUGGCCCAUGGAUUCCCUUGAGCAGAGAUUGUUUCCUAUUUCAGAUAAAACCUAGGGAGAGUGAGCAAGGCAGGAAAAAUAGACAGAUGCACAGGUCCCUACUCAUCUUGUAGAGAUGUUGGCAGAGCUCUAGACAAAGCAUUGACCAUAACAAGAAGGAAUUCAUCCCUUGUGCUCCUUUGCAGAUAUUUGUCCUGGUGUUAUAAGCUAAUACUUUAUUUGGUGGCCUGCACGAUCUCUUUUUUGCUCCACUGGUAAUGUUUGCAGCACCAUUGUUGUAGUGGUCCGUCAUUAUCCUAGGCCAGGCCGCUGGAAUAUAUUCCACCUUCCCUGCUCACUUUUGGCUUCUGAUUCCUGAAAAAGAUACUGUGCGGGAUACGAUGUCUAAGUUUAUAUUGACAAGAGUCAUCUGAAAUGGGAGCUAGUUUCUUCAUCAAAAGAACUGGGAAACUUGUAAUAAUUUAGGUAGAAGUUGUAUGCAUACCACAAAGCUUGGUAUUGCUGCAACACCAGGAUUUUGUUAGGAAAGGUCUUGCAGAGAGAGCUGGCUCUCUGUCUGUAGAUAUCUUUGUCAGGAAAAUAACCAUUGCUUUCACUUAAACUAUAGGAGGUAUUGGAAGUGGUUUGGUUUCUGAAAAGACAGAGGAUUAUUAUUGAGGUCAUAAUUAAAUGUAUUUCAGAAGAGCCAAAUAUGGUACCUCCUCUAGUUUCGGAACCUGAAAAACAGUUGUCACCGAAUAUAAAACAGGAAACUUCCUAACUGCAAAUAGAAAAAGGAAGGAAGAGAGAAAGGAAGAGAGGAAGCGAGGGAAAAAGAGGAAAAGAGGGAAGGAAGGAAGGAUGGAAGGACCUGAAAUUUCUGAUAGGAUUUAUUGAUUGAAGGCUCUUUGCAAUGAACCUUGUCUUUGAAGGUAAUGAUCUCUUUGAUAAGCAACAUUUUAAAUCUGUUCUAGGGGAUUCUAUUGUUCAUUUUGGAAAGCUUAUCACCAGCCUUCUUUUAUGAUUUUGCUGUUUAAACAUGAAACAGAAGGGCAAAUUGGGCUUGGGGAUGGAUAAGAGUAUUUGUGGCAGAUCCUCGCAUAGUACAGAAAUUCUUAUCCCAGAAAAUAGCUUCUAACAUAUAGGGAAGGUGAGCCAUAUUCCUAUCCAGCAUCAGUGUAUUGACAAUCGGGGUUUCUCUAACAUUUAGGUCUUAGUACAGGAAUAAAAGUUUAUCAUCAUGGAUGAUAAGUGUUCCCCACAUAUUGAAGAGCCAGUCACAUCCUUAGGUGGAAGCUUUAGAGGAAUGCAUGCGAAAUUAAAGAUAUAUAAGAAAAGAAAAGUAGCAGGAGUUAAUUUGGUUUAGUAUCAGUUUCAGGAACAGAUCCUUGUGGCAUGUGACAUAUCUUAAUCAUACACCUACAUUUCGUAUUGUCUCCACCCUAUCAUAACGACAAGGUCUUGAUUUUAUGGAAGGAGAUUCUCCACUGAAAGGAAUGUCUGCCUUGUCAGCACCAUUUGUUCCCUGAGUUUUAAUAUACUGGACCAUAUAUUAAACAUAAUUAAACAUACAUUGAAUAUUGUGGUGUUUGCAUAUAUCUCUGACAGGAUCUGGGGAUUUUUAAAAAACUGUCCUGGCUCCUGUUUCAGAGCAAACAUUGGCCCCAGAAAUCUCCUAGGUUUGAGAACAUCUCUAAGCAAUGUGAAGAAUGGAGGAGAACAUAAUUUGGAGAAAGGUCAGGAAAAAGGUAGCAGCCAGAGGACUGACACCAAGAAAUUGAGUCUGAACAUGGGACUUCUUGGAAUUUAGUUCAUCGUAUUGCUCUAAAUCCCUUCAAGAAUCUUUUCCAUUGGUAAUCAAAACUUGAAACCCUGCAUUGAAAAGAACCAACUGGUUGGAAAUAAUACCCUGAGAGGAGUGAAAUUCAUCAGUUAAUCUGAAUGGCUAACAUAUUUAAUGUCCUCUGUAUGUAAAAGCGAAACUCCACCAUUCAUAAAACUAAAUCCUUAGAACCGACCUUCAGUUAAUGAAAACAGAAAUGACUUGACCAAGGGCACUUCCUGAAGAAUGAGAACUAUCCUAGGUUUUACAACUGCAGAAUUACAUCUUCUGUGCAAUUGUUCAUCAGAAGGUGUUGCCUUGUUGGAGGAACAGCCUUACUUGUUUUGAGACAUAAAAUCCCUCUGCCCUAAAACAACUAAGGCUUAGGGGGAAAUUGUGUUUUCUGUUGGGGAAGAAUUGUCCUAUUGACCUUUGCCUUCUCUUCCAAGUCAGACAGACUUCUCCCUUGCCAUGGGCAUUUUUUUUUACGACAUAUUCAGUCAACUGGGGCUAUUCAUAGAGACCUUGUAAAAGUACUCGUGAUUUUCAUGUUCUUGGAGAGAGAAACACAAAUCUGUUUCUCCUCCAAAAAUGGACUUACCUCCUUUGCACACAAAAACUAAACUCCUCAGCAUGAAAUUAUUUCUGAGUUAUUACCUACCAAGUUGUUAGCUUCUUAAUUACUCCAGAGUCACAGUUUCCAUCCCCAGGUUGGUUGUGGUUUGACUGUUUCUAUUGGCUUGUCUCCCGGAAUCUCUCCUUUUGUUUUUUGCAGGCCUUGAAUUAUUUGUGGAAAAAUAAUAUAUAUGUGUAUGUAUUUUUUUUAAUCUUAUCUUUACAGAUGCUAUAUUUACAAUAUUGUAUGUAUUAUAAGACAAAUCUAGAAUAAUGGUUUAAACUUAAAAGGAAGAAACGUACUGGAUUUGGUUAAAAAAAAAGAGCUAUGCUUCAUUUGGAAAGAUACGGAGCCCCAUUUUUUCUAUUUCGUAAUUACUUGUUUAAGAGGAAUUUUUUGUGGACCAAGUUCCAUGGGAUUAACCAUGGCCUUAUUUUUCUCUCCAUCUUCAUAAGUUUUUAGCCUGAAUUUAUUCUUGGUUACCAGUAACUAUUAUUUUUUUAAAAGAAUAUAAGUGCAGUGCUAUAUCUAACCUAUAAAAACUAUUAACAUUUUGGAGACAAAUGUUAAAAGUACCACAAAAAUGAUGAGAUAGGACCCUAAAUUAAGAAACUCAAAUUCAGUUCAGGAAGCCUUCUUCUUUUUUACGUACUUAAAAUAUUUCUCUUCCAGAGACUACAUUUGCCCCAGUGAUGUAAAUUUUCCAUCAUGGUUGGCAUAAUAUCUGUAAACAUCUCACUAAAUGCAAAAUGGAGUUUACAUUUAUGUGCAUACUAGUGGAAGAGAAGUAAACUAUUCUCAUUUGCAUGUAGCUAUGUUGUCAAAGGCGGCCAACUGAAAUUCAAGAGAGAAUUUGUUUUCACCCAGCAAUGUACAUCACUUUCCUCUUGGCAAGGAAGCUGGUGUUAACGUUAGGUUUAGGUUUAACAUUUACACCAGCGCAAAUGUUUAUGGAUAUUAUGGAAAACUUAUUUUAAAAUCUUGAUUUCCUUUCAGUGCAUUUACAUACUGUGUGCUGAUUAAUAAAUUAGGCACCAAUCAUGUGUAAAUCAAUGUAAAUCACUAGUUUAUGUACAUAAUAUAAACUAUGUAAACUUCAUUUUUCAUGCAGUGCCCCGGUUCAGCUAAAUCUAUGAAUCUUAAAGAAAAAAAGUCAAAUACAAAUAAAUAAAAACUAAAACAUUUUACAGGUCAGAAUGGGAAGGAGUAUGACUAAUGCCCCGAACAAGAAGGUUGCCUCAGCAAGAGGAAGCAAACCCACAGGAACUAUUAAAGCUUGACAUCCUGCUCAAGUCACAGGGACCUGGGUCCUUAGUUCCUGAGUGACCUAAGUGGAUUUUCUCUCAACUGUUGCCACAGUUGUCUCAUCUGACCCCAAAGCAAGGGAAAUGAGGAAGGCAUUUCAAGGGCUCAUGUGUCUGUUGCAUCAACUCCCAGUGUCUUCUUGUUACUUCUUACCCACCAUCUAGGAUGGCUUAUUUAAAUAGAUCCAAGGAAGUCACCUAUAGCCUGGUGAGCAAAAUAUUACCCAGUUUUUAUUUUCCAUCAGACAAAGACAUUGGGAAAGCUUCUUUGUCAUCUUGAUUCGAAGAAAUUAUAGGAUGUAAGAAAUAUGUUAUAUCCUUGAGAAAUAUCUUGCCAAGUUACCCUAGGAAAUGGUUACUUUUACUUAAGCUGAUAGACCUAUAUUUCUACAUAUCUAUCCUGAAUAUUGCAAAUGAGGACAAAAUUACUUUAAUUGGGAGUAUCUCUGUCAGGCACGUUCUCUUGGAGUCUUUUUGAAGGGUCUGAUGUGUUUAAGAGAGUGACAUAUAUGUAUUUUCUAUAAUCUGAACAGCCACAAAGAGCUAUCAAAGAGAUGACUUUGGAAAUCACAGGGACUUCCUAUAUGGACGUUACAGAAAUAAAUUUAGGUCAGAUUAACACUUCACUUAAAGUCCACCCGUCCACCCAAGAUAAAUGGCAACUUUAAGGUAAAGCAGAAAGUCAAGAGAAUUGGAUUCUGGCUAGGGUCUGGCCACAAAUAAGCUAUGUGACCUAAAGCAAACCAUCCUGAGACCUGAUUUUCUCAUCCUGAAAGUAAGGAAUUUGGAUCACUUCUCUAGGACCUCUGUCAUCGCUAAACUCUGAUUCUGAAUAAGAAUUCCAUGCUCAUGUAGCCUGUGGCCAGCUGCUUGUCACCCUCCAGUUGGCCUCGAUACCACCUUCGUUUCUUGGAACCAUCAUCCCAUCAUCUCCAUUUCAGAAGCCAAAACUUUUAGAAUACAGGGUCCCUGGACUGGUUCUAAAAUUCUCUUCUGAUCAAAACUUCUUAGCAAUGUAGAGAAGGGACACAUUCAGACGACACGGAAGGCUUUGAAAUAGUUGGCGUUGUUUCCUUACAAUAAAAAAUCUAACUUGUUGAACUGUAUUCUAAUAACCUUUCAUAGGAAGGAAAGUAGCCAGAUUGAGUAUAAUGCAUGUGGUGCAUAUGAAAGGAAACAUCAGGGGUGUUUUUUGUUUUUGUUUUUGUUUUCCUCCUCCUGGGCCAAGUGCCUCAUUUUAGUCAACCUGUGUCCUUGAAAACUCUGCCUGUGAUGAUGGGACCAGACACGUGGGACCAGGCAAUUUCAAAAGGCUGUUCUGUGAGAAAUAGGCAAGACAAUACAUUUUAUUUUGUAAGGAACGUCUCAUGGCAUGAGUUUCCCUAAACUUCACUGACUGCUGUGAAGGCUGUGAAGUCAAAAGAGUGAACAGAGAGAACAAUUUCCAUUUUCAAAAAGUACGGGUCAAUAUUAUUUAAAGAAGACAGGUUAAAAAGAGGAC